ACGUCAACCUACAAGGACCGAACGAAUGGCAGUCUUCAAGAUCGACUGGAGUUCCUCACGUUAAUCUUUUGCAAUCUAUGCCGGGCACACAUUCUUUUAACCAAACCGUUGUUGACAAUGAUCUCGAUUCACAAAUGACAGCUUUGGGACUUGAGGAAGCUAUGGUGCUUACCUCACAGAGUCCUGUCUUAUCUUCUCCAAACCAAUUGCGAAUAAAUUAUUUUCUUGAAAAUGUUGAAUCAACUAAGAAACUCACGAUAUCGUUGGCAGUUCUGGAUGAUGAUCUCCUCUUGAAGAGGUUGGAAUCCACAGUUGAAAUUCACACGAUAGAAAUUCACUCCAGGUGUGCGGUACACAAAGUUCUGAGUGUUUAUUCUUUGCCCUCUUGUCUAAAGAUCCUUCGUAUUAUUAAUAAUAUCCUAAAUUACGAUGAUAUUUUUGCUCUAAUUAGAUGCUUCGGUAGCGAGAAUAAUUUACAGGAAUUAGAUUUAUCUCGUACCAAGUUUGAGAAGAAUUGUUUCCAUAGUUUCAUUACCGUCCUUGUGAAUUGUAGCAAUUUAACAAGAUUGAUUUUAACUGAUAAUUGCUUAACUAAAGAAGAAACGUUCGGUCUGUUGGCAUCAUUAAAAUGGACGGCAAGUCUUAGAAAUUUAAACCUAUCUAAAAAUAACCUAACCGUAUUCGAGAUGCACGGACAGUUUGAUAACAUUGUUUCAUUAGAUUUAUCGCAUAGCGCACUCCAGGGAAACACAAACAUAAUUGAGAUCUGUAAACUGCAAGCACUCGAAGAAAUAAACCUCUCUCACAACCACAUUAGAUUUUCCCCCUUGCCCGAAUUCGACACACAACUCGACAAGUUAUCAAUUAACAUGAAAACCAUUUCAUUAUCUUUCAAUUACCUGACACCCGAAAACAUCAACCAAUUUUGCUUCUUAAUUAAGUCAAAUUUGACGAAACUUUACUUAGAUUCUAAUCACAUAUGCAGCUCAAUUUGGUCGUUGUGUUCAUUAAGUGUAAAAAUUAAGCAUUUGAAAGUGUUAAGUUUAGCUAAUACUGAUGUUUGUGUCGCUGUGGAUGGUUUGGCAUUCCUACUUUCUUUGGCGAAAGAGCUGGAAGAACUCGAUUUAUCGUCCAAUAAUCUUGUCUUGGACGACUUUCGCCAACUCCAAUUACCAUUAUCAAACUUAAAGCAGUUAAAAAAAUUGAAUUUAAGCAACAAUCCUGAAGGAGCUUCCGAUCUUUUGCAAGAGAUCCUGUCUUCUUUCAAAAAUCUCCAGGAGUUAAGGCUAAGUAACACACAGAUGAAUGGUGAGGAUUUGGGUAAAAUCUCAAACUCACUCGCAUCCUUAAGAGAUCUUAGGUAUCUCGAUUUAAGCAUGAAUGCUAUUGAUUCAGACGGGAAAAGAACACUUGCGAACUUGUUGAAGGGACUUCCUUUGUUGGAGGGGUUAGACCUGAGCCAAUCGUCCAUGAGGGGAAGUGAUUUAAAUGUGUUGUGGAAUAGUUUUGCUUCGCUAAAAGUGUUGAAAUAUCUGAAUUUGUCUGGCAAUCAGGCCGAUGCCAAUGCUUUUGAAAACUCCCUGUUAUUUGUUCCGUCGAAGAACUUGCUUGGAAGAGCUUAUUAUCAGUAAUGUCAUUCAUAGCGAAAAGCUCUUUGUUAAAAUGUCAUCACUUAAGAAUCUGAGAAAACUUCACCUCGUUGACAUGAGAUUAAGAGCGUGUGAUGUCGAGGCACUAGCCGCAAUGUUGUCGUCUUUAUCGAUGUUGGAAGAAAUAUCUUUAGCUCGUACAAUGGUAGACUCGAACAUUGAAAAAAUCUUUAGUGCAAUAAGCUGUUUACCCAACAUUAAAAUUAUUGACCUCACUCACGUAAAAUUACCUGAUGUAGAUGCAUUGGUUGACAUGCUUUCGUCUCUUUUGUUCCUGGAAGAGCUAGUUUUAGUUGGAAUAUGUGUUGAAAAAAUCGAUUAUAAAAAAUUGAUUGAUGCGUUAGUUUCGUUGAAAUCUUUAAGAAUUCUCAAUCUUCAAUGGGCUAAGAUGUUGAAGAUGCAAAACAACUGUGUUCUGGGUUGGGGAAAAUUAGAUAUUUAAAGGAGCUUAGCUUAAACGUUGGGGACUGCUACCCAGAGUGUAUAAACCAUUUAGCUGAAGUGUUACCAUCACUACAUUUGUUGGAAAGGUUUUUGUUGGAAUGUGAAUAUAUUAUUUUAUCUGAUCAACACACAGUCGAAAAAUUGUUUUCCGCGUUAGGAAGAUGGAUGUAUUUGCGGGAUCUCGAACUUGUUCUGCACUUCGGCGAUUGUAAAAAUGUUAGAAAUGUUUUGAAAGGUUUAGCUCAGAUGUUAUCAUCACUGCAGUUAUUGGAAAAACUAGUGUUUGAUCUGACGUACGACGAGUAUGAAGAUGACGAUGGAGAUUAUAAAAGCGAAAUACAACUGGUCACGACCGCAUUAGGAAAGUUGAAGAAUUUAAGAGAACUUAAAUUAUCUGGUGUUUUGAGUGGAGAAGCCAUAGUUGAGGUUUUAGCGUCACUGCCGUUGUUAGAGCGAUUAAUGCUCAGGUUUAAGUAUGAUUGGAUAAGCAGGGAUAUGUGUAAUAAUAAUAUUGGAUAUGAAGAAAAAAUAUUUCAUUCUUUAGUCAAAGUAAGCUAUUUAAAUGAGCUUUUUAUAUAUGAUACUCCUCCUAGCCCAGAUUUAGUUGAGGUCUUGCCAUCACUGAGGUUGUUGAAGACGCUAGGGUUAGAGUCGAACGAUCAUGAUAAAGAGACAUUGUCAUUCUCACUAGGGGAGUUGAAAUAUUUAAGGAAACUUCAUUUACACAAGUUUCACAUAAAUCAGCAAACUUUAUUUAAUGGCUCGCGAUCGUUCUACUUGUUGGAAAAGCUAAAAAUUAUUUGUUAUGAAUUAAGUGCAAUGGAACAGCGAUUUCAAUAUUUGGGAAUAUUAAGACAUUUAAAACAGUUGACUCUUUUUGCAGGGACCGCAGAGUGGGGGGGGCUGGGGGGCUUUAGCCCCCCCAAUAAUUUUCUAAGGCCAUAAUAAUACGAAUAAAAACUCCUUAUAGUAAGUUGUGUAAUCAUAAUUAUGUGUUCACUAUCCGUGUCGGUGUACGUUCACUAUUCGUCAGAUUAACUCAGUUUAACUCCAAACAUAGAAGUGUCUUUUGCUAACACACGGCUUCGUUCAAACCUCUAUGUGAGAUUUUCGACGAGGACGAACAUUAGACGAACAUCUGCUAUGGAUAAUUUAAGGGUGAAUUUUGAUGCAUUAUAAUUAGCGCUACUUGAAGUCUUUACCAAAAGAAAUCUUGACGCUGCUGUGCAGCCACCAUUUAUGUGUGAAUUUAAUUAU